UUUAAGCGUGCGCCUAACCUAAAAUGCUCGACGCUCUUACUACUCUCCGUCGUUGUGUCUUAACGUCCGACUGCGCGUAUUAUUCGCCAUCGACACCGUCAUCGUGUAAUAUUAUUAUUUACGAGUGCGUGUCUUCUUCACCGUCGUGUUCCCUAAAAUUAUUACAACUCCGCGUACCUACGCGUUUUUCGUUUACUCGCCGUCGUGCAACCUAACAUAAUAUAUUACCUGCCGACGCACGACAUUCAUUCUGAACGGUCGUACGAGUGCGCGUCCCCUUCGCCGACGUAACGACUAAGCGUUCAGCCAAUACGAGUGUGCGUGUUUUUUCUUCUGUCGUAAAAACAUUAUCGGCCGACAGUCCACAUAGGGCACCACUGACGAUUUCACAUACUAGUUGCUGGUAGGUACUGCCCAUUCAUCGUCUGCUGUUUUCCGUCUCAGGAGGACAAGCACCAGGAAUAAAAGUAAUCAAAACAAUAUUAAGGAGAACGCAAAUUCAGUAUGGAACCAUUAAGUUCAUCAAUUAAUGAUUCUGCAAUUAAUUCCAAGUAUGAUUAUAUAUUAAACAGUUCGAGAGUGUUGACAAUUCCAAUUGUGAGAUGUGAUGACCCAGUACUAAAUAGAUUUAUCAAACAGGAAUUUAUUGAUGAGAUGGACAUUAAUAAUGAACAUUUACUCAUAAGACCGAAAUGUGAACCUGAAGAAGAAAUAUACCCAACUAAAAUAAAAACUGAAAUGGAUUUGAACGAAAUUGUUGUGUUUGAAGGAUCAGUUAAUAACGAAUUCUACCCUUCGGAACUAACUACUCAAAUAAAAUUGGAAGAGACUUCAAACUUAAGGAAAAGACUUUCAAAUUCAAGUGAUUUUCAAGUCAAUCAUAGAUUUCAAACUAAUCAUAAUAAUAAAAAAUGCAAUAUCUCUGAUAAGUUAUCUAACUCAAAAGCACUCUUCACAAGACAUUCUAAAACUCAUACCACCAAAAGAAUAAAACAGUUUAUUUGUGACAAUUGUGGCAAGUCGUAUAAUACAAAAUCAGAUUUGACUACACACAUAUUAUUGUGUUGUACAGAAAGAAAGCUCUAUACAUCCUUUAUAUGCGAUAAAGGUGUUUCUCAAGCAGGAGAUUUAAAAAAGUAUAGACCGAAAUGUGAACCUGAAGAAGAAAUAUACCCAACUAAAAUAAAAACUGAAAUGGAUUUGAACGAAAUUGUUGUGUUUGAAGGAUCAGUUAAUAACGAAUUCUACCCUUCGGAACUAACUACUCAAAUAAAAUUGGAAGAGACUUCAAACUUAAGGAAAAGACUUUCAAAUUCAAGUGAUUUUCAAGUCAAUCAUAGAUUUCAAACUAAUCAUAAUAAUAAAAAAUGCAAUAUCUCUGAUAAGUUAUCUAACUCAAAAGCACUCUUCACAAGACAUUCUAAAACUCAUACCACCAAAAGAAUAAAACAGUUUAUUUGUGACAAUUGUGGCAAGUCGUAUAAUACAAAAUCAGAUUUGACUACACACAUAUUAUUGUGUUGUACAGAAAGAAAGCUCUAUACAUCCUUUAUAUGCGAUAAAGGUGUUUCUCAAGCAGGAGAUUUAAAAAAGUAUAAAAGGCCUCAUACUGGAAUAAAGUCAUUUAAAUGUGAUAUCUGCGAUAAAGGGUUUUCUGACCCAGGAUAUUUAAGAAAACAUAAAAUUACACAUACUGGAAUUAAGCCAUAUAUGUGUGAUAUCUGCAAAAAAGGGUUUGCUCAAAAAAUAAAUAUAAAAAUCCAUUUGAGAACACAUACUGGAGAUAAGUCAUAUGAAUGUGAUAUCUGUGGUAAAAAGUAUUAUCAAAAAUCAAAUUUAACAACGCAUUUAAGGGGACAUACAGGAUAUAAACCACAUGAAUGCAAUAUUUGUGAUAAAAAGUUUUCUCAAUUAGGACAUUUAAUCAGGCAUACAAGAACACAUACUGGAGAUAGGCCAUAUAAAUGUGAUGCCUGUGAUAAAGGGUUUUAUCAAUUAAGUGAUUUAAAAAGGCAUAUGAUGACACAUACUGGAGUUAAGCCAUACAAAUGUGUUACCUGUGAUAAAAGGUUUGCUCAAUCAUGUGGUUUAAAAAGGCAUACGUAUAUACAUACUGGAUUUAAGCCACAUAAAUGUGUUUAUUGUGAUAAAAGGUUUAUUCAAUCACAAGAAUUAAAAAAGCAUAUAUUAAAACAUACUAGAGAAAAGCCGUAUGCAUGUAAUAUAUGUGAUAAACGGUUUACUCAAUCAGGAACUUUAAAAAAUCAUAAGAGAACACAUACUAGAGUAACUGAGACACAACUAUGAUAUCUGUAAUAAAGGAUUUUCAUAUCGUUUUUGUUGAAGUUUAAAAACCCAUGCAAGGACACGUACCAAUUAAAUGCCUUAAGCAUACACAUUUUUUUGUCAGGUUUUGUUAAUACCAUAAAUUAAUCAUUUUUUAUACAUUUAAAAAAAAUGUAAUUACAUUCAUCACUAUACUUUUAAGCGAUGAAUUUAUGUAUAUUGUGAUCGUCUGCUAAUUUACAAUUAUAUUGCUUUUUUCUCUUAACUAGCUGCUAUUA